GCCACCGCGAGCCACCCGGUCAUCAGGAAUAUUCUCUUCAGGAUCUGUCCAGGCGACACGUACACGGGUUCUUCCUUGUCAUUUCUGUCCCCGUGGACCUCUUCCAAACGACGCAUCCGUAUAAGUAUCGCAGAUCGCGUCGUCGCAUUCGAUCUUCCUUUCUCGAGGUGUCAGCAAAAAUGUCGAUACCUGUUAUCGCUUGAGCGCCCUUCUUCGGAGUUCUCCUGACCCGCUGGCUUCGUUGGUGAAACGGACGUCGUGAUGGAGAAACUAAACACUGAAGAUGGACAGCUCUUCAUCAAGAAUCUCGCCAGCUUCGUACGAACUCAUGAGAAGGCUUUGGCCAAUGCACUGCAGCUGAGGCGUCAGUCAUCGACCAAAAAUGGACAGGCUUCCCGUUCGUUGGCGACAUCUCCGUCCACUUCAAGUGGUUCCUUUUCCUCCUCUACCCUGGCCACGGCAUUGUCCAUUGGAGCAUUGGGCUUUGUCUCCCAUAGUAUAAAGCCGGCCAAGUUGACCCUCACUCCACACCACCUUUUCUACCUUCUCUCCCGUUUCGAGGAUCUCGGGAUCCCCGUGGGCCCUAUGAGUGUCAGACUGGAGAACAUACAUUCUGACACCUCAGCCUCCUAUGUCUCCUUCCUAAACAAGCCCCAACGGUCCAAAGGCGAUAGAGACUCGAUCCACUCAGUAUCAAGUGUCCGUAGUGUCAUGUCUGGUAUGAGUGCCCUAUGGUCGUCAUUUGGACUGGGCUCCAAAGAUUCUUCCAAGUCUGAAAAAGCCAAGGCGGCCCUGGAGGCUGACUUGAAGUAUCUCUACUCUGCUUUUACUAAGAUCCCAUGCCUGCGUCUGGCGCCAGACCACCGGGCCCGCCUCAUCCGUGGUUAUGAGGAGUUUCCCUUUGACACCGCCGUGCCUCUCCAUUCCUUCAAGAACCUAAGCUCCUUAGAGAUUAUUGAUAUAGAUUUCCGGUCUUUCUACGGUUGGGAUCGGAUCUCCGAGCAACUGCGCACUCUGACGGUGAAACGGGCCAACCUGGACGACCCAGCAGAUCUCCUGACAGGCAUCGUCCUCGAUGAUAUCGAUAAGCGACGAAGACGUUCCUCCAAGGCCCAACCGUCGCCGGCGCUCGGAUGGUCCAGCAGUGCUAAUCCCCAGCCUGUUCAUAGAUCGGAAACGUCGAAGUCGGCUUCAGCCCCUGGUUCCCCCACCCCCGACACGGGCUUUGGCACGAGCACCAGUCCCCAAGCAACCCCCAUGAUCCGAGGCGCAUCUGACGGUAUAAGGGGCCAUACUCGCACCGGUAGCAUCUCGCCAACCCGCCCGCAGACUUCGAAGCAUGUGGGAUACCGCCAUUCUCGUGGGACUUCCUCGAAGAUUAGAAGGUCCGGUUCUGGUAGCUCAAACUCGAGCGAGGCAUCGACUGGAUAUCGAAACACUAGUUCAUCGAACUUGUCGGCCGGCUUCCUCCCGCCCUCAAAAUGGAGAUUCCUCCGUCAUCUCAGUCUGGCGGACAACUCCCUCAUGUCCAUCAGUGCGACUAGCCUGGCCCCGGUGGCUAACACGCUCCACUCGCUGGAUCUUUCUUCCAACCUCUUUACUGAGGUUCCUGACAGUCUGGCUUCUCUAGCCUCUUUGAGAGCACUCAAUCUUUCCAACUGCAUGAUCGCCUCCCUUCACUCCCUGUCUAAAACUCCGCUCCCUGCCAUUACUGCCCUGAACCUUCGUGGAAACCGCCUUCAAUCUCUUGCCGGCAUUGAAAGACUCUUGUCUCUAGAAAGAUUGGACCUCCGUGACAACCAGCUGUCAGACCCCACGGAACUUGCCAGACUGACUGGUCUGCCUGAAAUACGGGAGAUUUGGGUGUCUGGCAACCCGUUCACGAAGACGCAUUCUGGUUACCGGGUGACCAUAUUCAACCUCUUCCGCAGAACACCGGGGUAUUCCGAAGACGUCAUCAUCGAUGCCACGGGCCCUGGCUAUACGGAAAGGAAACAACUUGUGGAGCGUGCAGCCGAACCAGAAGGAGCUCCUGUUGUACGACCGGCAUUCCAAGGCGAACAUGUGGCCGUGACCAGGCCCGCUCCGACGGUCGUUCAAACCCUACAGAAACAGGAGACUAAAAGUCGAGCAGAGUCCAAUCCACUGCAAAGAGUUGGCUCUGGUCGUCGGCGGAAAGGUCAGCGGCGUCGAGUGGAUCUUACCGGCGAACAAUCUCACCCAGCUAGAGAUCUCGGUAGUACAGACGGUGUUGACCUUGUCACCAGACAAAGUCCAAACAUGACUGAUCCAUUUAUUGAUAUCCCUCGUGAUGAGGGUUCACGGAAGACAGUGCCCAAUUCCAGUCAUUCGAUCCAGGAUUCUCUGAAGCGACCUAUCCAAACUCCCGAUUCGCCCACACGCGACGCAAAAGGCGGUCAUCCACUCCUGCCCAUUGUCCAUGAUAUGGACCUGAACGUGGAUGGAGAUGCCUACCGACAGAGGUUGGAGGCUCUUAAGCAGGAGAUUGGGAGUGGCUGGCUUGCCGUGUUGGGAGACGAAUCCUGGGACCCGAAGGAUGUCCGCGUGCCUCGUACUGGCUCCAGUCUCAACAGCUCACCGGUUUUACAGCCCGGUAGCGCUGUGAGAGCAGGAAGCCAGGUGAUGGUUAGCGGAGGACGUGCUCUAGGCUAACAUGCCUUGAAUGUCUAAACUGCGUGAUCAUUGUGAAGCGCUUUCUUCAUUUCUCACCUCCGAGUCCUGAGGUAAAUAUGCCUUGGGAGUCGAAGAUUUGACCGCUUAAAAUACCCCUUUUAUCUUUUUUUCUCUAUUCUUUGGGUGGUCGACCAUGCACGAUUGGCUUU